AUGCGCCGGUUUGCAGCGCUGGCGCUGCGUGCGGCGCGCGAGGGGCAGGCUACAGUGGAGGUGGGGCAGUGGGGGGCGCUGGCGGCGCGGGAGGCCGGGAUGGAGGGGUUGCGAGGCGUUUACACCACUCCUCACGUUCAGAAGAAGAUGCGCGUGCUCAAGGAUCCAACGCAAGACCUCCUCUACAAGCGACGAGCCGUGUCGUUCUUCACGUACGAGAAGAUCAUAGAGGAGUACGUCCCCGCCGAAGCCCUGGUGGACUCCCUGCGGUAUACGUUCAUGAACUUCAUGGACACCGUCAGCCUGGUCCUCAAGGCGUGGUCUCUGGGCCCCGACGUGGCGUACAAUCCGAGGAGUUUCGCAGCGGGCGCGGCGUCGACGUACCGGCAGCUGCUCACGGGGCUCAAGACGGGGGAGUUGGGCGCUGUCAAGUGGACCUGCGGACACGCCCUCGCCGACGACUUCAAACACCUCCUCGAGCCAAAACACGACCAGAAGGCCGACCGCCGGAAACCCCAGUCCGGCCGACGCGCCCCCGCGCCGUCCGUGCAGGCGCGCCGGGGCGCCGGCGUCGACUUCCUGGACGGCCCGCACGUGGAGAUUUUGUUGCGCACCAGCAAGGACGUGCCGUCGAAAGAGAUAGGGAUGUCGGGACAGGAGACGCUGGUGCAGCAGGUGACGGCGCGCGUCACGUGCCGCGUGCGCGUGCAGCGGUCCGGGGACGAGGAGGACCGCAGCGACGUGAUUGUGUUUGAGCGCAUCGUGCCUCAGAAGGAGUGGCGGGCCAUCGCGAUGUACGGGUACUAG